AUGAUAAUCGGUGUUUUGCGUGACGGUUUGGAGAAAAAUCCGAUCUCCAGGUUCCGUACUGCAAUUGGAUUUCAGGUGACGGUUCUUUCUGGGAUUAGUUUGUUAACUCUGUUUUCUUCCUUUCAUGGUUUCGUUCUCAUUCUUUCUUCUUUUGGAGGGUUUCUUCGUCCCCUUUCCGAGGAGGUUGGGUCACCGAGGUAUAUUACAAGGAUUCCGAUGGUAAUUGAUGUUCUGCCGUGCCUUAUCCGUAACCUUAUGAACGAGCAAAAGCGAGCGAUGGGUGGCCGAUAUGUCAACGGAGUUUUUGUCAACUUCCUAUUCCACUGCAGGUUCCUUAUUCUAUAUAGAAAUUGA